GAGGCUCACCUGGGCGCCGCCUCCGGGCCGCAGGUGGAGCGGGCAGGGCGCGGGCACCAUGAGCAGCGGCGCCAACAUCACCUACGCCAGCCGCAAGCGGCGCAAGCCGGUGCAGAAAACAGUGAAGCCAGUCCCCGCUGAAGGAAUCAAGUCAAAUCCUUCUAAGCGACAUAGAGACAGGCUAAACACAGAGUUGGACCGCCUGGCUAGUCUGCUGCCCUUCCCACAAGAUGUUAUUAACAAGCUGGACAAACUCUCAGUUCUUAGGCUCAGUGUCAGCUACCUGAGGGCCAAGAGCUUCUUCGAUGUUGCGUUAAAAUCCUCCCCCGCUGACAGGAAUGGAGGCCAGGAGCAGUGUAGAGCGUUCAGAGAUGGACUGGACCUGCAAGAAGGAGAGUUCUUAUUGCAGGCACUGAACGGCUUCGUACUGGUUGUCACAGCAGAUGCCUUGGUCUUCUAUGCCUCCUCUACUAUCCAAGAUUACCUGGGCUUUCAGCAAUCUGAUGUCAUCCAUCAGAGUGUCUAUGAGCUCAUCCAUACCGAAGACCGAGCUGAGUUCCAGCGCCAGCUUCACUGGGCUCUAAACCCCGCACAGUGUACAGACUCUGCACAAGGAGGGGAUGAAUCUCAUGGCCUCUCACAGCCUCCGGCAGUCUACUUCAACCCAGACCAGCUUCCUCCGGAGAGCGCCUCCUUCCUGGAGAGGUGCUUCAUCUGCCGGCUCCGGUGUCUGCUGGAUAAUUCCUCUGGUUUUCUGGCAAUGAAUUUCCAAGGGCGGCUAAAGUAUCUCCAUGGACAGAACAAGAAGGGGAAGGAUGGAACACUACUGCCCCCGCAGCUGGCUCUGUUUGCAAUAGCCACCCCACUUCAGCCCCCGUCCAUACUGGAAAUCCGAACCAAAAACUUCAUCUUCAGGACCAAACACAAACUAGACUUCACACCUAUUGGUUGCGAUGCCAAAGGGCAGCUUGUCCUGGGCUACACGGAAGCGGAGCUGUGCACCCGAGGCUCGGGGUACCAGUUCAUCCACGCUGCCGACAUGCUCUACUGCGCGGAGUUCCACGUCCGCAUGAUUAAGACUGGGGAAAGCGGCAUGACAGUUUUCCGGCUUCUGGCAAAGCACAGUCGAUGGAGGUGGGUCCAGUCCAACGCUCGCUUGAUCUAUAGAAACGGGAGGCCAGAUUACAUCAUCGCAACUCAGAGGCCACUAACGGAUGAAGAAGGAAGAGAGCACUUACAGAAGCGGAGUAUGACGCUGCCCUUCAUGUUCGCUACAGGAGAGGCUGUAUUGUACGAGAUCUCCAGCCCUUUCCCUCCCAUAAUGGAUCCCUUGCCAAUCCGUACCAAAAGCGGCACCGGUGCAAAGGACUGGGUUCCGCAGUCAACACCAAGCAAUGAUUCCCUCCACCCCAGCUCGCUUAUGAAUUGCAUGAUCCAACAGGAUGAGUCCAUCUAUCUCUGUCCUCCUUCGAGUGCUGCGCCGCUAGACAGCCAUUUUCUCACCCACGGGAGUGAAGGCGAUGGUUGGCAGGACAGUAUUGCAUCAAUAGGAAGUGAAGCUGAGUUGAAACAUGAACAAAUCGGACAUGGUCAGGACAUGAACCCUGCAGUCUCUGGAGGCCCCCCGGGGCUCUUUCCAGAUAAUAGAAAUAGUGACUUGUACAGCAUCAUGAAAAACCUAGGGAUCGAUUUCGAUGACAUCAAACGCAUGCAGAGUGAGGAGUUCUUCAGGACUGAGCUGGCUGGCGAGGUUGACUUCAGAGACAUCGACAUAACAGAUGAAAUCCUCACUUACGUGCAAGACUCUCUAAACAGGUCGACCUUGCUGAGUUCUGCCAGCCAGCAGCAGCCUGUGACUCAGCACCUGAGCUGCAUGCUGCAGGAACGCCUGCAUCUGGGGCAGCGGCAGCUGCAGCAGCACGAAACUCAGGCAGCGGAGCCCCAGCAGCAGCUGGGUCAUCAGACGGCGCCCCAGCAAGAGCUGUGUCACCAGACGGCGCCCCAGCAACAGAUGUGUCUUCAGAUGGCGCCCCAGCAAGAGCUGUGUCAUCAGAUGGAACCCCAACAGCAGCUGUGUCUUCAGAUGGCGCCCCAGCAGCAGCUGUGUCACCAGACGGCACCCCAGCAACAGCUGUGUCUUCAGAUGGCGCCCCAGCAAGAGCUGUGUCACCAGACGGCGCCCCAGCCGGAGCUGGGUCAGAAAAUGAAUCAUGCGCAAGUCAAUGGCAUGUUUGCAAGUUGGAACCCCACCCCUCUCGUGCCUUUCAGCUGUCCUCAGCAGGAACUGAAGCAUUAUGACGUCUUUUCAGACUUGCAGGGGGCGAUUGAGGAGUUCCCCUACAAAUCUGAGAUGGACAGUAUGCCUUACACACAGAGCUUUGCUCCCUGUAAUCAGUCUGUGCUACCCCAGCGUUCCAAGUGUGCACAGCUGGACUUGCCUGGAAAGGGUUUCGAACCAUCCCUGCACCCCAACACUUCUAAUGUAGGAGAUUUUGUCACUUGUUUACAAGUUCCCGAAAACCAAAGACACGAGGUGCAUCCACAGUCGGCCAUGGUCGCUCCUCAGACAUACUAUGCUGGGGCCAUGUCCAUGUACCAGUGCCAGCCAGGACCUCAGCACGUCCCUGUAGAGCAGAUGCAGUACAGCCCUGCAGUCCCAGACUCCCAGGCAUUUCUAAACAAGUUUCAGAAUCAGGGAGUGUUAAAUGAAACCUAUUCGUCUGAAUUAAACAGCGUUGGUCACAGGCAGACCACUGCUCAUCUUCAUCACCCUGCAGAAGGGAGGCCGUUUCCUGAUAUCACACCCAGCGGAUUCCUGUAGCUUUGGGAACAAGAUACCGGGACUGUCUGUCCAUGUUGGCCAUCAGCACUCUUUUUCCAAGCCAGAUUUUAAUCUUUGUGUUGGGAAGAGGAGUUUAAAAACUGUUAUCGGUUACCUAUAAAAUGGGAAGCUCUGCAGGAGCAUAGGGAGAGACCACAAGCCUUUAAGUAGCUUUAGCACCUCAGCGUGCACAUGCCCACAGCGGAGAGCUUUGGGGUUCUGGAGAGCUGAGCGUCUCCACUCAGUGACCAGCCAGAAAGACAACUUCAGGAUUCCCGAUGGUGUACCAAAUACAGUUAGAAGACUAAUUGAUUUUAACCUCUCUGUGUCUCAGAUGUUAGAAUAAAUGGUUUGGUGCUUUUAUCAAAA